AUGACUAUGACUAUGACUAUGACUAUGACUAUGACUAUGACUGUGACUGUGACUGUGACUAUGACUAUUAAUCUGACUAUUAUAACUAUGACUAUGACUAAGACCAUGACUAUGACUAUGAUUAUGACUCUGACUAUGACUACAACUAUGACUAUGACUAUGAAUAUGACUAUGACUAUGACUAUGACUACGACUAUGACUAUGACUAUGAAUAUGACUAUGACAAUGACAAUGACUAUGACUAUGACUGUGACUGUGACUAUGACUAUUAAUCUGACUAUUAUAACUACGACUAUGACUAUGACUAUGACUAUGACUAUGACUAUGACUAUGACUAUGACUAUGACUAUGACUAUGACUAUGACUGUGACUAUGACUAUGAAUAUGCCUAUGACUAUGACUAUGACUAUGACUAUGACUGUGACUAUGACUAUUAAUAUGACUAUUAUAACUAUGACUAUGGCUAGCUGUAGCUCUGGAUCUACAUAG